AUGAAAAUAUCAACCAUACUACUCUCACUCGCCAUCGCAACACUCGUCUUCGCAGAUGAAGAUUCAACCACCUCGGUCUUUGAGGUCCCCCUCAUCCACAACCCAGCCUACCGUGGCGACUUUCAAGCCCAGAUGCAGAAAAUGAGAUACAGAUAUGGCUCGCCAGAAACUAUUGCAGCGGCCACGAAGGGUGUUGGAUUGGUCCCCGUUACCGACCCUUCUUUUGACUCCGAAUACUACGGUCCAGUCAAGAUCGGCACACCCGGCCAGACAUUCAACAUGAACUUUGACACAGGCUCCGCUGAUAUCUGGUUAGCCUCCUCAACCUGCCCUACCGCUGCCUGCAAAUCCCACCGUGGCUUCAACUCCUCUUCCUCCGCCACCUUCACCCUCGACCCGGCCGAGCGGCGCUUCCAACUCGUAUACGGAGACGGAUCCUAUGCUUCGGGUCACAUCGGCACCGAUAUGGUCAAUGUCGGAGGGAUACAGAUCCGACAGACGAUUGGGCUGGCGACAAAUGAGAGUUCGGAAUUUGGGGUUUCGAAGAUGGAUGGGAUGUUUGGGUUGUCGUUUAGUUCCUUUGAGUCUGUCCCCGGGGUGCAGACGUUUAUGACGAAUGCGAUUGCGGAAAAGGCGGUGGCUCUCCCGGUUGUGUCGGCUUAUUUGCCGUCUUUGAGGAGGAGUGGUGGUAAGGGCGGGCAUUACUUGUUUGGAGCGAUUGAUUCGACAAAGUUCCAAGGAGACUUGACAUAUGUCCCUGUGACCGUCAAGGGGUACUGGCAAGUCGCCGUUCAAGACGUCCUGGUCUCUGGUCAAUCUCUCGACAGCUCCUACCAGGGGAUCAUCGACACUGGCACAACACUCGUCAUCCUGGACAACAUGACCGCCGCCGCGGUACAUUCCAAGAUCGAUGGCGCCAAUUUCGACGCGCAGAAAAAAGGUUGGACCGUCCCUUGCUCGUUGAGUAAAGCCACCACGGGGUCGGUCGGGUUCAAGUUGGCGGGGAGGGUAUUUGAAGUACCGAUGGCGGAUAUUGUAUGGGAGCCUGUUGAGAAGGGGAAGGGUAAGCCUGGUGAGGAGAUUUGUUAUUCGGGGGUGCAGAGUAUGGGUCUUCCUGUUUGGGUCUUGGGGGAUGUGUUUAUCAAGAACAAUUAUUGUGUUUUCGACCAGUCUGAUGUUCCUUCUGUUGGCAUUGCUCCUCUUAAGUGA